CCUAAAUUAUUCAAUGUACAUAAAACACUGGACAUUUCACCAGUGUGUGAUUGAGCAGCUUUUUUUUUAAGCCAACAGAUUAGCGAAUUCCAAUGGAUCCUUUACCCAUCAAGUGUCCCCUGCCUAUCUCAACCACUAUGCCAUCCUACUCAAAAUUAAAUGAUCGUCGACGAAUAACAUGUAAUAUCUGCGGGCUACCCUUUGGUUAUGUAACUAUGUCUACAGCAUAUAUUGAAUCAAACCUAAAUAAGCUAUAUGAAAUAAAUAAAGAAAUUAUUCGACUUUUUGUAAUUCCCGGGAUAGAUAAUCACACUGACAUGACCAUAGAACAGAAACAAAGAUUAGUUUAUGAACAUAUGAAGAUUAAAAAAAAUCGGAAUAAUAAUUGCAAUGAUAAUAAUAACAACAAUAAUAAUAAUCAGAACAGAAUACUGCGAGAAAAUCUAAAUAUUCACGAGACAGAUAAUCGAUAUUUUAUGGCAAUAUUUUUACAAGAUGCUAUCAAUAUUCAUGUUAAACCACGAAGUAGAUCAAGGUCAAGCGAUUCAAUGUUCAAUAGUGAGGCUUGUUUAAAUCAGAGAAGCAACCCAGAGCGGAAUAAACAAAUUCAGGAUAAUAUAGAUGAAGCAUUAAUCGCUGAAUUACCGUAUAUAUUUAAACUGAAUGAUAAAAUACAUCAUGCUGCUUGUAAUGUGAUUUGUGCUGGAUGUAAUACAGUCAUUGGUGUACGCUAUAUACCACGUGCUGAUCAUAUUGGUAUGAAACCGGCUUCGUUACUUUUGAAGGAGUAUAUUAAGGAGCGAAACGCUACCACUGAUAAUCCUAUUGAUAUGACUGCUCCUUCUACCCUUAAUAUUACUUAUAUUAAUUCAUCAGAUUUCAAAGAAUCCACAUCUUAUGAUCUACCUGAAUGGGGAUGUGAAAUCCCAUCGGUGAAACCAGAAGAUGAUGGUUGGAUAACUAUCUCGCUACAGCGUGUAUCUAUCCAGCCGCUGUUCAGUCUAAUCGGUCUAGAUCAAUAUUCUAUACGUUAUCAAGGCGUGGAAUUGAUGCCAAGACAUUAUCAUAGUAUUGAGUCAUCGAAUGAAUUCUCACAGAAUUCUGAUACAUGGAUGUAUCCUACACGACGAAUUGAUAAAUCCUGUCGAUUAGGUAAACAUCGAGAAAUUGGCUGGAAUAAAACAUUUUAUGAUUUGGAAAGACUUGAUAAAACUGUACCCUAUUCAAUGGUCUAUGGGGAUUUGAUAACAGGAACAAUUAGAAGAUUAUAUGAUAUAUAUCCUGAAAAGAAAACUAUUAAGAGUGCCAGUCAAUGA